AUGAGUGGGAGGAAGGCCAAGGGAAAGGAUGGCGCGAAAAAACGAGGGAGCCUCCUUUCAAGCAUGUCAUGGUUCGGCUUUAUAACCUUCGAAUGGAUUAACAUUAUAUUGAAUCAGCUAAAGGCAGAAGACAAAUUCAGUCUGCCCAAGAUAGAAGAGGAUGCAGCAAUUGAAUACUACACAUGUCAAUUGGAGAAUAAUUUAAGAGGAUUUAAAAAGAGGAAGAGACAGGAUGGGAGUGGUUCAGUGAACGUGAAGGAGGAAUGUUGUGAGGAAGAUUUUAAUGCCGCGUCCACGAAAGAGACUCCUCAAUAUUACUCGGUGCAGAAGAGAGGCAUAAUAUGUGCUCUGCUCAACACGUUUAGAACUCAGCUCAGUUGUGUUACCUUUUUUUACGUCAUUCAUACGUUGUAUCUUAUUUUUGUCGCGCUGUGUAUUGAAAAUUAUAUACUACUGAUUAAAGGAAAGGGGAGCAUGUGGAUCCCCUUGUUCCAAUCACAUAAAGAAAUCACAUUCGGUUUAUUCCUCAUCCUGGUCAUCAUGUGUGACGUCUUGUUUGAUGCAGUUCUUACCUUUGUGGAUUAUCGCUUGAGGUUGAACAUGGAGAUGACGCUGCUGUAUUUUUUGUAUAAGAUUAAUUUGGAGAAUUGCAGGGGGCGGUUAGGCACUGAAGUGAGCCAAGCGGUGAACGCGAACGAAGCGAACGAAGCGAGUGAAGCGGUGAACGCGGCCACAGCGCUGCCCCCCAACCGUGAACACACCAACGCUGCGGACCAGCCGCCCCACCAAGACGACGAAGCGGACGACGAAGCGGACGACGACGCGACGCAGAGCGACUCCUGCGACAUCAACAUAUACAACGUCAUGUUUGUGGACACGCCCUUCCUCAUCUACUUCAUCACUGCCAUAAUAGACUUUUGCAAUAUCCUUAUCAAAUUCACCAUAUCCUUUUACAUGUUUUAUUUUAAAAUGGGUAAGGAGGCAGUAGUUGAUGGGAUUCUUCUUAUAGUACUUUUGUACGCCCUCAUGUUUGGUUUCGAGUUGGCUUCAAGUUUAUAUAAGAUAAAACACCUCAAGUGUAGAGACGCGCGAAUAAAUAAUAUGCAUCACAUGUUGAAGGAGUACAAGUUAAUUAAAAUGUUUAAGUGGGAAGCCAUCGCAUUUCAGUAUGUGAAUAGGCAUAGGGAAAAGGAAAUGAAAGUGUGUACACGAAGAAUUUACUUAAGUUCUUUGAGUAAUUAUAUGAACGCUAUUUCCAUGAACGUUGUUGAGGUUGCUAUUUUUUUUAUAUUUAUUAAAGGAGAAUUGAACAGCCAUAAACCAAUUAACGUCAGCUCCAUCAUCACUCCUUUAUUCUUAUACAAGUCCCUCAUAUCUGGCAUGUCCAAUUUACCUAGCAUUAUUAAUACCAUGCUCGAGGGCGCAAUCAACAUAGGCAGAAUCAACAAGUACGUUCAACAUCACAUGUUUCAAUGUAAUCGGAGCGAGAAUUUUGAAUACUGUUGUGUGAAUGACCACCAGAUUGGCAUCCACACGUCCUCCACCACUGCAUGCCAUCACAAUGGAAGAAGCAACAGGGACAAGCAAUAUUGUGAGGAGUCCACGUGGAGGCACUUUUUCAAAUGUUUUUUUUUUAAAAAAGGUUAUAGCACCGUCGCCCCCGCUAAUAGCAGUACGAAUAACAGGAGGGAUUACUACAGCGGCGACUACUACAGCGGCGACUACUACAGCGGCGACCAGGGGCAGAGGCACAGUGGCCGGCCCACUGGGGGCGAUCUUGCAGUGGUCGGACAAGCGGCUGUAGGAGUGGCGGCAACACACGGCAGAGUGCCCGACGGGGACGUCAUUUUAAACAUGAACGGGUGUUACUUCUCCCAAGACAAGGCACCCACGGGAAAAGGUCGAGACGCCCUCCUCAAGAACAUAAACCUGACGGUGAAGAAUAACACCCUGGUGGUGAUCUUAGGAAAUGUGGGGUCAGGGAAGACGCUAUUCUUUAACGCCCUAUUGGGGAAGCUAAGGUUGUCUCGGGGCAACUACUACGUGAAGAACUUCUCCCACGACAUACCCAUGAUGUAUGUGCCUCAGUUCUACUGGGUAACCAUUGGCACCAUCCGGUCCAUGAUCCUCUUUGGAAAUAGGUUUGAUCCCGUUAUAUACUACCGAGUCCUUGUUCAGAGCGAGCUUAUAAACGACAUGAAUACAUUUAAGAAGAAGGACUUGAGGUACGUGAAUGACGAGCAUAGUCUGAGCAAAGGACAGAAGGCUAGAAUAUGUUUAGCCAGAGCGCUGUAUCAUCAUUACAUACACAUGAGUGAUUUGGUGGUUGACUACGAGAGAGAUGUCCGCUUUAAUAAAAAGUGGCGCGACAGAACCACCUCGGAGAAUUUGUACGAAAUGGACAAUGCCCUCUCUAGGGGGCGGAGUGAUGGUCGACGUGGCGGUCGCAGUAGCGGUAGGGGUGGCGAUACGAGUGACCGUCGCAGUAAUGGCGACAGGCUCCACCCCAAGGGAGAAAAAAGAAAAAGGCUGUUGGGAAAAGGACAUGCACAUCAAGUGAGAAAAAAAGGAUCCGAUUAUGAACCCUCUUCUUCACAAGAGGAGAGGUACGAACUACAAGACGAGAAUAAUUCAACCAACUGUACCUCCAACAUCGCUAACAUAAUCAACACGUACUCACAUGUGAGUAGUCCGAUGAAGGAUGCAGGAGGGGAAGAGGAAGACGAGGAACAGGACAAGUACGAUGAUGGAGGAAGCAAUUGUGAUUUUAUAAUUGGACCAGCUGCAGAAAUGUAUACAGAGAGUAGUGACUUGUUUAAAAAGAAUUCUGUUCUAAAGGAAUGCUUAGAGCAAGAGCAGAUGUCGUACUUGUACCUCCUGGAUGACCUCUUCUGUGCAUUGGACCCAUGCAUAUGCAAACAUAUUUUUUAUAACCUCUUUUGUAAUAAGGAAAACGUGGAAGGGUUUAAGGACAGGUGUGGCUUUAUCCUCACCGCAAAUCAACACAUAUGGAAUAGCUUUUUGGAAGAAGGCAUCGUUAGGGACCUUCAAUAUGCAGUUGAGGUUUAUCGCCUGCAGGACCGCACGCUGGUGUAUGAGGGGGACAUCCACACGUACGUAAGGAAGGGGGCCCUUGCGCAGCGCGGAGGUGGCACAACUCCCAGUACACCUGCUACGGUUAACACGGUUAGCGCGGUCAACGCGAUUAACACGGUCAACGCGAUUAACACGGUCAACGCCGCUAACAACAUGAAGGAUUUUUUUUCAGACCACCAGAGCGGGAAAAAGAACAGCUUCAAGAGCGACGUGAAGUAUCACAAAUUUGUAACGUUGAAGGAGUUGAAGAAUACGUAUGCGUGUAGGUUGGAGCCCCUGAACUCUUCGUGUGUGCAGGGGUUCGGGAGGAAGUACACCACGGUGACGCAGAACUAUGUGGAGAAGCGCGACGACCACGUGAUGAACCCUGUUGCGAGCGUUAGCUUUAGUAGCUUGGGAAGUCUGCGCAAGACGACGAUCAGCAGCUACGCGGAGGUGCUGGUUAGGGAGAAGCAGGGCGGCCACAAGCGCGGCAUGAACGGUAGCAGCAUGAACGGUAGCAGCAUGAACGGUAGCAGCAUGAACGGUACCGGCUGCAACAGUAGCGGCCGUUACAAUCACAGCAGGAAGCAUGCCAAUCUGUCCUUCCAGCACGACGACAGAAUAACGCUGCACGAGUUUGAACAGGUGAACAAGGUGCUGCAGGCCCAGCUGAAGCAGAGCUACAUGUACGAAUACAUGGGAGACCACGAAAAUGAAGACGAGGGAGAGCAAGAAGAACUCCGGUUUAAGGGCAACAUCAAGUGGGAGACGUUGGUUUGGUACCUGCGCAUGAUAGGAACCCCGCUCAUAGUGGUAAUUCUGCUUUUCAUGGUGAUCUCCAUUUGUACAGACGAAAUAAAAAACAUCUUGCUCUUUAUGGCCAGCACUCUAAUGAAAAGUAAAGGACAGAACGAUGCAGACAUUUUAAAAAAGCAAAUGGAGUACAUGAAGUACUUUGUCCUUCUCCCAUGUAUAUCUCUCUUCACCACGUUAACUGCCUUCAUGCUUAUUGCUCACGCCAUAGCCAUUUCAGCGGUAAAAAUACACACACAAGUUCUAAUCAGCAUUUUAUAUGCACCCAUCCAUGCCUUCUACAGCAACAACUUGGGUACUAUAAUUAAUCGAUUCAUCACAGACAUAAAUAUAAUGGAUAAUGGAAUUAUUAAAAGAAUUUAUAAAACAUUUUAUACUUUUUUCCGCUUCCUUUUUACCAUUUUUCUUCUAAAUUAUAUGGUUUACCAGACUGUGUAUGUAUUUCCUCUGGUUAUUUUUCUUAUUUACUUUUGCGUGUUUCAAAAAUACUCAAGGGGAUGCAAAGAAGCUCAGCGAGGAUACCUAAGUAGCCAUGCCCCUCUGUGCACCAUAUACAGCAAUACCAUAAUGGGUAAAGACAUUAUUAAUUUGUAUAAGAAGAAUAAAUACUUCCUGGACUUAUAUUCUAAGCGUGUACUUGAUUUUAAAAACUAUACGAUUUUCAAAUGGUGCCUAACGAUAUGGGCUUCUUUAUAUGUGCAGCUGAUCGUUUUAGGCCUCACCGCUUUUUAUAUCAUUUACCCUUACCUAUUGCACCCCUACAUUGGAAAUAAGCAGGACCCUCACUUUAUGAACGAGGAGAAGAACGCAAGUACCAUUGGCUAUUGUAUUACCUUUUCGUGUAGCCUGGGCUUUAUCAUUAAGUCGCUUUUGUAUGAUUACACGCAUGUGGAAAAGGAGAUGUGCAGCACGCAGCGCCUGGAGGAGUGCGCGCGCAUGUUCAACGAGCAGGUGCAGUGUGGUGCCCCGAUAAGCGGCCCAUCGGUACGCGACCCACCGCAACACAACCCACCGAAACACAACCCACCGCUACACGACAAAGCGACGUAUGGGCUGCACGACAAAGCGACGUAUGGGCUGCACGACAAAGCGACGUAUGGGCUGCACGACACAGCGACGUAUGGGUUGCACGACACAGCGACGUAUGGGUUGCACGACACAGCGACGUGUGAGUUGCACGACACAGCGACGUAUGGGCUGCACUUCAAAAACGUGUUCGUGAGCUAUAAAAAAAAAAUCUUCCUAGACAAAUCGCGCAACCUGUACUACUACGCGAACGACAAGUCCUGCUUAAGAAAUAUGAACAUAUACGCGCUCAAGGGGCAGAACAUUGGCAUAGUGGGUAGGUCGGGCGCAGGGAAGAGCACAACCAUUCUGUCUGUCCUGGGCCUCAUCCCCACCACCAGGGGAACUAUAUCCAUCGAGGGAAGAGAUAUCAACUCCAUGACUCUAGAAGAAAAAAAAAAAAUUAUUGGUCUCCUCCCACAAUCCUCUUUUGUAUUCUUUCACUGGACCAUACGUACGUAUAUAGACCCCUACAACAACUUCACAGAUGAAGAAAUUAUGAAUGCCUUUGAAUUAAUUGGUAUCAACUUGCGAGAGGAGGAUUUGUAUAAAUACAUUUAUAAGCAGAAGAAAAAAGCAUCUCAGGAGGAUAGGGGUAGAGUGUCUAAUGGAAGGGAGAAGCGAAACAAGAGUAAGUCUUUCACGGAAGGAAACUUUUUGGCUCUGUCGGAUGAUUGUAUUCGUUACUUAGCUUUGGUCAGGAUCUUCCUCAACCGAUACACGUACAAGCUGGUGUUAAUCGAUGAGAUCCCUGUAAUUAAUUUUAAUUUGAGCAACAGCAAUGCAAAUAAUUUUUUCUGCAGCGACGUUAAGUCUUUUGAGUAUAUAAUACGCAACUACUUCUCGCACAUCACUGUGUUGAUCAUCGCUCACGAUGUGAGCACGCUGUCUUGCUGCGACUUCAUUUACGUCGUGGCCAAUGGCGAGGUCUCCUACAAGUGCAGCUACUCAGAGAUCAAGACGCAGGCGGCGCUCGCCGCUCUCAUUCAGCAACAGACCGAGUGA